CAGGAGAAAGUUUUUUUCUCCUGUGUUUGGUCCUGAAGGGAGAGGGUAAUAUGCCAGAAGGAAUCUUGACAUGUCCAUGAAAUAAGGAUCUAGAUAGUAGAAAUGGUUACAGGAGAAAAGUCUGGAGAGUUAUUAUUCUAUACGUGUGCAAGAUGAAAGGGAGCCCAAGGAUAGGGAAAGGUGAGCAUGGAAAGCCAUACCCUCUCACAGAAGAAGACCAUGAUGAUUCUGCUUAUAGGGAGAAUGGUUUCAACAUAUUUGUUAGCAACAACAUAGCCCUGGAACGAUCCCUGCCAGAUAUUCGUCAUCCUAACUGUAAGCACAAGGUGUACUUGGAAAAGCUGCCAAAUACUAGCAUAAUUAUCCCAUUUCAUAAUGAAGGUUGGACUUCACUUUUGCGAACUAUACACAGCAUUAUCAACCGGACUCCAGACAGCUUGAUAGCUGAAAUAAUUCUUGUGGAUGACUUCAGUGACAGAGGCUAUUUUGACUGAACACUGAAAUAAUAUUUAAUAUCAGGAGGAAGAAAAGAGUGAAGUCCCUCAUGUCCUUCUUUUUAAAAAAAGCCUGAAUUGGUGUAUUCUAUGUUUAAUCUAAAAAAAGUCUGUUAUUUCUU